AUGCCUCUAACGGCUCCUAUCCACACCUUGUUCACGUCGCCAGCACUAUCGCAUCCAGAUGCGACGCACGCCAAAGAGCUUCCGCUACACCUUGUCCAUCUGAUCCUCACAUACCUCGACCAUGUCGCUGACCUUGCGCGCGUCACACGCACCUCGCGCCUCCUCUAUUACAUGACGCUGCCGCGCUUGUACGAGCAUGUCACACUCCGCGCCUAUUCAGAAAUCCGAUAUGUUGACGGCAGGCCCGAGGGCUAUGGAAGUGCCAGCCCCUUUGCCAUGGGACUGAAUACGCUCGUGUCGCGCAACUUCAACAUCUACAUACACAAAUUCCGCGUCAUAGGCAACUGGCGCGAGCAAGAUACCGAAGACUACAGACACGGCCGUGUGCCAGACAGCAGCAUGGUGCUGCAGAUUGCUAUGCGUGCUGCAAUCGAUCGCAUGACCAAUCUCGAGAGCUUUGCCUGGGAACUCAACACUCCACCACUGCACACUAUCUACCAGGGUCUUGUGGGUAGGACUACGUUGACCUCGCUGACCAUCAGGUGCCAACUGCGACGUACACCACGCCCCACGACCAUCAUCCCCCCGCUGCUCAACCUCCAGAACUUGGUUGUCUACGAUAUAGACCCUCUCUGCUAUCCCGAUGACAUCUCGCUGCUUUUGCUCGGCUCCAAGAAGCUUGAAAACAUCACUCUGCAUUGGAGCCCACGCAUGCGUGCCGAGGGCGAAGAAUCCGUCAAUUUGCUGUCGAUGUUUGGUCGCUGUUUAGCAGCCAAAUACUCGUUGCCAGUUAAGCGCAUUCGGUUGUACAACUUGUACUCUCGCUACCCCUCCGAAGAAAUGUAUGACAUCUUCAGUCGGGAGACCAGGAUUGAGAUGACAGUCAUCAAUUGUGGGGGUUCUUCCGAUCCUCUUACCUACUUCGUUGACAACUCAUGGAAGGCGAGCCCCGGCCAUUUAUUUUCACCCAACAUCAAGAUGAUCCGUACCGACGAUCCAGACACCGCCCUGGCUAAAUCACUUAGUAUCUGCAAGGGCAUUGAACGUAUCUAUUUCAUUGCAAGUAGGCGAAACGAUGCCUUGUCUUCAAAAGCGACCAGUUGCACUGCGACACCCACAACGCCGUCCCACCUGACACCCAGUAUGAGUAGCGGCUCUGCAAGUGCCAACGGUACACCAACUAAUGGGGAGGUUCGUACCCGAAAUGUUGCAAGCGAGUACCUUGCUGCUAUCCAGACCAAUCACCGUACAAUCCGCCACCUGCUCCUUUUUGAUCGAUGGAUCUUAUCCGAGGAUACAUUAUUCAGGCUUUGCCAAUCGUGUCCAAAUAUAGAGCAGCUUGGUUUUGCUGGCUCUGUCCCACCACUCGAGUCCCUGCGCCAAAUCCUUGCCCUCGUCCCCAAGCUUUGGGCGCUACGUUUUUUGGUCCGCCCAAACACAGACUCCAAUGAAAAAUCCGACAUGAUGGAUCCGGACACCCACGCUUUCGCACUAGGAACAGAGUUCUGGCGACCGGAAUACAAAAAUAUUAAAUACGUUGGUUUUGGGGAUGACUUAGUGUUCAAGCUUGGUGGAGUAUACUUUCCACCAAAUAGCAAAGAGUCGAGCAAUGGUGUUGAAGACAAGAGCGUAAAGGCAAAACUGGCUGGGCCGAUAAGAAAAUUCGAAGUGGUAAGCAAGGAGAGCGUCAAACAUAUUGAGAUUUGGGGCAUGGAUUCCACCGAGUUCGAUCCUGAAUUCCCUUGA